CUCGAAAAGGAAUUAACCCAAAACCCAACUAUCCCCAAAAUGAAACAAAUCGUCCAAUCGCAUAUCCCCCUUUCCCAGUUUCCCUCUCCUGCCUGGCUGUCUUCGAUCUUUCUUUCUCCGUCUGUCAAUGGACGAUUGAUUCUUCUUCCCGAAUCUGUCACUCCUCUGCAGAUCAGUUCCCCCGCCCCCUUUUGAUUUAUUGCCAUUCUCUUCGUCUCCCCUGAUUCAUUCCUGCUUUGCUUCCAUGUGGUAACUGAUGGAGGAGCUUCCAGUUGAAGUGAUUGGGAAUAUCUUGUCUCGACUAGGAGGUGCUAGGGAUGUGGUAAUAGCGUCUGCAACAUGUCGGAAGUGGCGAGAAGCUUGCCGGAGACAUCUUCAUACACUCUCCUUUAACUCCAAUGACUGGCCUGUAUACCAUGAUUUAUCAACUAGUUGUCUGGAGAUACUGAUAACUCAGACUAUAUUCCAGACUACUGGGUUACAAGGUCUGUCUAUUUUGAUGGAAGACGUUGAGGAGUUCUCGGCUUCAGCUGUGAUCGCUUGGCUGAUGUAUACGAGGGAGACCUUGCGCCGAUUGCACUAUAAUGUUCAUACUACCCCAGGAGUUAAUAUUCUUGAACUUUGUGGUAGGCAGAAGCUGGAGACAUUGUUUUUGUCACAUAACUCGAUCACAGGUGUCGAGCCGAAUUUCCAGAGGUUCCCUUGUCUGAAAUCCCUUGCUUUGAGUUAUGUCAGCAUCUCGGCUCUGGACCUUAACCUUUUGCUCACAGCUUGCCCAAAGGUCGAGGUACUGGAACUUGUGAAUCCCGAGAUUGCAAUGUCUGAUGCUCAGGCUACUAUUGAGUUGUGUAGUUCUACUUUGAAGAGUGUCUACAUUGAAGCAAUUAGCUUGGACAAGUUUAUAUUGGAGGCAGACAGCAUCGAGUGUUUGCAUUUGAAGGAUUGUGCCCUUGAGUUAUUUGAGUUGGUGGGGAAGGGGACCUUGAAGCAUUUCAAGCUUGAUGAUGUUAGUCUCAUACAUCUGGAUAUCGGCGAGACAGUUGAUAACCUUGAGAUCGUUGAUAUUAGUAACUUCACAAUUGUUUGGCCCAGGUUCUACCAUAUGAUCUCGAAAUCCUCAAAAUUGAGGAGACUUAGGCUUUGGGAUGUAGUCUUUGACGACGAGGAAGACGUGGUGGAUUUAGAAACUAUUGCCGAUUGCUUUCCACAGCUUAGCCAUUUAUCACUGAGCUAUGACUUGAAAGAUGCCGUGCUUCAUUAUGGUUUGCACCACGGAAAUUCGAAUCUGGAGAAUGUGGUCGUGUUGGAGCUUGGUUGGACUGUGAUCAACGAUCUCUUUUCACAUUGGGUCGAAGGGUUACUAAAACGGUGCCCAAAUCUGAAGAAGUUGAUUCUCCAUGGAAUCAUUUCAGAGGCCAAAAGCCACGAGGAGUGCCAGAUAUUGUCUGAUUUCUUCUCAUACCUCUUCAAACUCACGAGGAAGUAUACUGCUGUUGAUGUGCAGUUUAAGUUUGAUUAGUCGCAGUGUCCGUUAUUGAUGUUUAAUGGGAUAUUCAAGUUUUGUUUUGCAACGGAAUGAGUCCCAUAAGCGAUUGUGUACAGGUAAAACUUUAUAUCUUUUAGAUCCCCAGCAACCCAUUGAUAACAUUUGCUGUAGUUUCUUCUGUUAUCGCUGGCAGCCCAUGUUUUCUGUUAGUUACUACACAAUGCUGAGUGCAGAUGAAUAUUCUCGAUUGGUUUCUGAACUAUGUUAGUGGAAUGUUUUAAAUGGUUGAUCCUUUGAUAAUGCUUCUCCCUUUCCACACCAUCGAGAGAUCAGAGAUAGACCAAAGCCUUUUCCCCUUUAAGCUGUUUUUGGGGCCAACUUACUGGUGUUGCUCUACAGGGCCACCUUAUCAUCCUUUCUUCAACUUAGCCAACUUGUGUUGUGUAUUACAGGUGUUCCUUCU